CUCGCCUUCGUAUCACUCCCAACAUUUUUCUUGGCCGAUAUACAAAAGCUUUUACAAUGUCGCUGAGACCUAACGCCCGCGCCGAGGUCCGCCGAAACCGCUACAAGGUGGCCGUGGACGCCGAGGAGGGGCGGCGGCGGAGGGAGGACAACAUGGUCGAGAUUCGAAAGAACCGCCGUGAGGAGAAUCUCCAGAAGAAGCGCCGCGAGGGUAUCCAGCAGUUUGCUGUCCCUGUCGAAGCCACCACCGGCAUCGAGAAGAAGGUGCAGUUAGAGAAUCUACCAUCAAUGGUUGCUAGUGUUUGGACAGAUGAUGCCAGCAGGCAGCUUGAGGCAACAACCCAGUUCCGGAAAUUACUUUCUAUCGAGCGCAGUCCGCCAAUUCAGGAGGUGAUUCAAGCAGGUGUCGUCCCCCGUUUUGUUGAAUUUUUGAUGAGAGAGGACUUCCCACAACUUCAGUUUGAGGCAGCUUGGGCUCUGACUAAUAUUGCUUCUGGCACAUCUGAGCACACUAAGGUAGUAAUCGAUCAUGGAGCUGUCCCAGUAUUUGUGAAGCUUCUUGGUUCUCCAAGUGAUGAUGUUCGUGAACAGGCUGUAUGGGCUUUGGGAAAUGUGGCUGGUGAUUCCCCAAAAUGUCGUGACCUUGUGCUUGGUCAUGGAGCCUUGGGUCCUUUGCUAGCUCAGUUGAACGAACAUGCCAAACUGUCUAUGCUCAGAAAUGCUACUUGGACACUGUCUAACUUCUGCAGAGGCAAGCCACAGCCUAUGUUCGAGCAGACUAGGCCCGCACUUCCAAUUCUCCAGCAACUUAUUCACUCGAGUGAUGAAGAAGUUUUGACUGAUGCAUGUUGGGCACUUUCGUAUCUGUCUGAUGGAACCAAUGACAAAAUUCAAGCUGUGAUUGACUCUGGAGUAUGUCCCCGCUUAGUCGAGUUGUUGCUUCAUCCAUCACCAUCCGUUCUUAUUCCAGCCCUUCGGACGGUUGGAAAUAUUGUCACUGGAGAUGAUAUACAAACUCAGUAUAUCAUCAGCUGUAAUGCACUACCUUGCCUCCUAAAACUCUUGAGCGAAUCUCAUAAAAAGAGCAUUAAAAAGGAAGCCUGCUGGACUAUUUCCAAUAUCACAGCUGGAAACAGGAACCAAAUUCAGGCUGUCAUUGAGGCCAACUUAAUUGGCCCGUUAGUUCAAUUACUUCAGAAUGCCGAAUUUGACGUGAAAAAGGAGGCUGCUUGGGCCAUAUCCAACGCAACAUCUGGUGGCGCUCACGACCAUAUCAAGUACCUCGUGAGCCAACAAUGUAUCAAGCCCCUUUGCGACUUGCUCGUGUGCCCAGACCCAAGGAUUGUGACCGUGUGCUUAGAGGGGCUUGAGAAUAUACUGAAAGUUGGUGAGGCUGAGAAGAAUUUGGGCCACACAGGGGAUGUCAAUCUCUACGCUCAGAUGAUCGAUGAUGCUGAAGGGCUCGAGAAAAUCGAGAACCUUCAGAGUCACGACAAUAAUGAGAUAUACGAAAAGGCUGUGAAGAUUCUAGAAACUUACUGGUUGGAGGAAGAUGACGAGCCGGCCCCACCUGAGGGCCAGGGUUUCCAGUUCGGAGGGAGUGAAGUGUCUCUCCCGAGUGGUGGUUUCAGCUUUAACUAAUUUUUAUUUUAUUUUUCUCGAGUGAUCUUGUAUCAUUAGAAACUGNUUCAAUGGGGGCUGGGUGAUUUUGGGUCUCCCAAAAGGGGUGGUGGUUUCUUGGAUUUUUCUCCAUUUUGCAAUGUUGUCAUGGUAUUUAAGUUGUACUGUCUUGUAAGUUGUUAUUACAAUUUUGAGAUUUGGAGAUUAUUGUUAGAU